AAAAGAUGGUGUCAGAGAAAGAGACAGCGACAAUCCGCAGGUUUGUGCGUGGUGAACUCCGCGAUGAGCCAGACUUAAGCACACUGACCUUAGGAAUUCUAAAAAAACGAUAUUUAGCACGGGUGGGCCGUGAAUCAUUAAGUCCAGAGGCCAGAAAUUACAUGAAACAGGCGGUUGAAGAGGAACUGAUGAAAAUGCAGGACGAUGACGAAAACGGAGAGGAGCUAGAGACCAAGAAGCCCCAGAACAAAAGGAAGAGAGAAGAGGAAAAUGAUGAGGUGAUAAAUGAGAGAGAAGAUCCAAGGGCAAAGAAAUCCCGCUGUCUGUCAAGUUCAUCAUCAGAAUCGGAGGAUAAAGAGGGCUACGAAUCAGAAAGUGAGGAGAGUGAUGAGGAAGACCAAAUGAAAUCUGGAUCUGAGGAUGCAGAGCGAGAGGUGAAAAGAUCACAGCACAAGACAAAUGGGAACCAUAAACAGCAGAUGGACAGUGAAGACUCUACAGAUGAGGAAAUGAAUGAGCCAGAAAAAAAAGGGAAUAAGAGUAAAUCUGGUGACAGUCCAAAAGAUAUGGUGAAAAAGAAAGUGAACGCUACAAAGAAUGGAGAGAAAAAAAGCAGCCGUACAAGUCCAGAAAGGAAAGCGGCACAGAGUGAUGGAGAGAACGAAACUGACACAGACAACAAGUCAGUAAGGAGUGAAAAAAUCAACGGUGAUGAGUCCUCAGAUGACAGUGAAAAAGAAGAAAAAGUUUCAGUAGAGAAGAAAAAUAAGGACACAGACUCGGAUUCAUCAUCACUCCCCUCUUUGGAGGAUGACAAGGCUAGUGGGACAGAAGAUAAUCAAGAUAUUAAAAAAAAGAAAACCAUGAAAAAAGUAGAGAGCACCAGAGGUCAAAAGAAUGACGACAAAGCAAUUGUGAGGCUCAAACGCUACAUUGCUGUCUGUGGUGCAAGGCAAAAUUACAAGAAGCUCCUUGAUGGCUGUCACUCUGUUCACUCCAUGGUGGCUGUUCUGAAUAAGACGCUUGAAGAUCUUGGUGUCCGUGGUCAGCCAACUAUUAAGAAAUGCAAAAAAGUCCGAAUAAAAAGAGAACAGGCUCAGGAACUAGCUGGCCUUGAUGUCAGCAACAUCAUUUCCACACAAGGUCGUCCUAAACGCAGAGGAGCGUGGCAGGCGAAACAUGACCCUCCAUCCUCUACAUAUCUGCGCACUCUGAACUCUGGCUCAGACAGUGAAGAGGAAAAUGAUACACACAGAGGACGCAGAAGAGGAACAGACUGGGCCAACCUGCAGGGGGUCAUCAGUGAUGAUGCAGAAAGUGACUGACAGGGACAGUUCCUCUUCAAGUCUGGACAUUGGACAUUACUUUUUCACUGUACCAACUGGGUUUUGGUCUUUACAAAUAAUUUUUACUUUUAAUGUCUACUUUUGGCAAAAUUAAUAAUAAUAAUAACUAUUGAUAAUGUAGAUGGGGCUUGAAUGAAUGACCAGUUUUUGCAGAAUAAUAAUAGU